AUGUCAACCAUUGCACACAUGUUUCAUUUCAUUUCACGUUUUCAUUGAAUUUAAAGUUUUUUUUAUAAAUUAUUUCAAAUUAUAUUGAAUUCAAAGAAUGGGUCGAAAACGCAAAGAGGAAGAUGUGAGCGAUGAAGACAUCGAUUUCGAGGAUAUCGACGGCGAGGAACCGUUGGAGCAAACUGUGGACUCCGGUCAAGAAGUGGAUGAUUUGGAAGUGGAAGAGACCAACGAUGAGAUAACUGAUGCUAAGGCCGAGCAGAAGGUGUUGUUCCCGGAGACCAGUGUCUUGUCUCAGAUCAAGAAUAAGUUAAGACGUCGUGAGAUGUAUGUGAAGCUCAAGAAGCAAAAGAAAGAGGCGAAGAAAGAGUCGCGAACUGAGAGACAAAAUAUGGCGAAAGCUAUGGGAGAAAAGGCCAUAAAACAGGUGCCCAAGACUAUUGAGUCGAUGCGAGAACCCGACGAAACAAUGGUUGAUCCCGAAGAUGAAGAGGUGAAGAUCGACGAGUCGUUGGACGAGAUGUCCGCGUAUUUUCGCAAAGACGUU